AUGAGGAUCAUCGUGACGACCAGCCCCCGAUGCGGCUCCUCCUCGGACCCUUUUCUUCCUUCCUUCUGCUCCUCUCCCACCACCAGCCUCCGCCUCAGCAGCCAGAAGGCAUCAGGCAGCCGCCGCUGGUUCCAAGCUCCGGUGUCCGGGGCAACCGUGGAGCCUCGGGCCAUUGUGACCCUCCCCGGCGGCUCGCCUGGCCCCCCAGCCGGGCCGGCUCUCUCUGCCAUGGAGGGGUGGCCGCUGGAGGACGAGGGCCCCCGCCCCAUCGUCACCUUCUUCCAGCCUCGAGUCAGCCAGGUCUUGGUGCUGCAAGGCUUGUUCAGUGGCAGCGAAAUCGCGGCAAGGAGAUUUCUGCCCAAAAGCCACCUCUCGACCGUGAUCAUCCGGGACAACACCAGCGUUCAAAGAGUGCAGGAUAUUAAGCUCAGGCACAUUGAAGACAGCCAGAAGAAGGUGGGAGGAUUCUUUGACCAGAUGAAGAAGAAGUUUGUGCACGACCAGCAGACGAAGAUGACCCGUUGGAAGAAACAGUACGGCCAUUACCAGCGCAUGCUGGAGCAGAUUGACCAAAGGGCUCAGAGGAGGCUGACCAUUUCAAACAUCAUCGUAGUGGAACAAAAGAGAUCCUCUCUCUCCGGAUGGAAUCCAACCCUGAAGCCAGAGAGACCGAAGCAACGCCUAAAGUAGCUAGGAUGGGAGUGUCCGGAUUCUGGAAGUCACACUGAGUAAACCUUGGUGUAAACCCACA